UUACAAUAGCGUCUGGAACUUGUCUUGCAUGAUAAGCAUGACAGAAUCGUAGAGCAUUCCAAAUUGUGCAAUACAAAUUUCCACAGAUGCUUCUAGUGCGGUUUGGUUUCUCCGAAACUUGUCAUGCGCAAUCCUGCGGGACGAGUCGGAGUAGGCCUCCAGAUGUUGCGCAUUUAUAUAUUGCAACACAAAUUCAGAUUCUAUGGUAACCGAUUUGAGAUUGUAACACCUGAGCUGGUUAUAUGUUCCUUUUCCUUCUUAUGGGGGCGUCAGGAUUGAAAUCGUCAGAGUUGAAAUAGUUUGCCAUGCAUAAAAUGCAGCCCACAAAGUGCCUGUCUUGCAGAGUAGGCAAGUGAGGCAGAUUGUAAGCCUGUUGAGGGGUAGAAACUGAGCUGCUAAAGCAGCAUGACAAAAGACGUCUUCCUUACCCAAACAGCAUGAGAGACUGGAUUUCGGGGCUACCCAAAUUUGUCAUGCGCCACUUGGAAACUGGGCUCCAACUGGCAUCCGUUUUAUGCAUCACAAAUUAUUUCAACUUUGACGAUUUCAAUCCUGACACUACCAUACUUCUUUUCAGCACGAAGUGGCGGUUUUCGGACCAGUAUCCUGUGCAAAAGCAUCGCACUCGUAGUAAUUGCGUUUAUGCAUUACAAAUUUCUUUCUCAAGGCAAAUCAGCAUUACAAACUGAAUUUGUAAUGCUGGGGGAAUUUGUAAUGCAAUUUCUACUACUACGAUACAGUACUUUUGCAGUUCAUAACCAGCUGAUCCGAAAUGA